UGUAUGUACGUGGUUGUAUUGAUUCGGUCGUUUUCAGAUGUGAAAGACCAAUUGAAGAAUGAUACAAGGAUGAUUCGAUCGGGAGGUGAUCCUGAGAAAAAGCGAACGGCUCAGAUGACUCGUACACAUUGCAUAGAACGGUGACAGAGCUGUAAAUUACAGCUAUGGAUAUACAGAAGAAACACCUGUGCCCCCGCUUGGUGGAUUAUCUCGCCAUCGUGGGGGCUAGAUUGCCCUCAGUCUCUCGUCAGCCUGUGCAGGUUCCAGAAUUAUUGAGAAGAUAUCCAGUGGAAGAUCACAAAGAUUUUCCAUUACCUUUGGACAUGGUUUAUUUCUGCCAGCCCGAGGGUUGCACCAGCGUCGGCCCUAAACGCACAGCCUUACGAGAGGCCACCUCAUUCACCUUCACUCUCACCGACAAAGAUUCCGGUAGGACACGUUACGGAAUCUGCGUAAAUUUCUAUCGACCAGUAGAGAGGGUAGCUUCGGCGGUCGGAAGUGGAAUGUCCGUGAAAAGGGACAAGUACAAUACUACGUUUCGAAGGGAGAGCUGGAGGAAGAGUAUGGAGAAGAGUACAGACUCUGCAUUUUCUAGCGACUAUAGGAGCAGUGCAGUAGGACCUAGUGAUUCUGAGAAAGAUUGUUCGAGCAGCAGAAGGGAUUCUGACACGUCUCAUGCUGUUAGCGCGCCAAGAUUGGGUAUCACUGCACCGAGCGGGGACAGCGAAAGCGGUGGUAGCCAUUCACCAUCACCGCGUGCUUCACGAAGACGUCAGAGAGUACGAAAUCAUUCUCUAACGUCACUAUGCAUCAUUUCCCAUCACCCUUUCUUUUCGAUGUUUCGGGAAUGCCUUUUCGUUUUGAAGAAGAUCAUCGACGCGUGCAACGAAAGUUCUUCACCGCAAAAAGUGGGUGCUUCCAGGCAAACCAACAGGGAAACAGUAUGGAGCGUUCUAACCGGACAAACCCUUGAAGGAACACCGUCGAUAGUUCUCCACGAUGUGAGAGAAAUAGAAACCUGGAUAUUACGAUUGUUGAGCAGCCCGGUACCAGUUCCAACGAAGACACGAGUCGAGGUCGAAAUCGUGUCUCAAAGUAUGCAGCCACCACUCUGUUUUGCACUCCCAGAUCACACUAGAUUUUCUCUCGUUGAUUUCCCUCUCCAUCUACCCCUGGAACUUCUUGGCGUUGACAUAUGCUUGAAGGUCCUCACGUUGAUUCUCUUGGAGCACAAGAUCGUGUUGCAAUCCCGCGACUACAAUGCCCUGUCGAUGUCCGUAAUGGCGUUCGUUACAAUGAUCUAUCCUCUGGAGUAUAUGUUCCCCGCGAUACCGUUGUUACCCACGUGCAUGAGCUGCGCGGAACAAUUGUUGCUUGCACCUACACCAUUUGUUAUCGGAAUACCCGCUACUUUUUUAUUGUACAAAACGAACUUCAAAAUGCCCGAUGACAUAUGGCUAGUGGAUCUAGACAGCAAUAAGAUAAAUCCACCUACCGGUGCGGGUGAUCAAUUGCCUCCGUUGCCCGAGCCAGAAGGCACCGUACUAAAGAAUCACUUGAGACAGGCAAUGCAACUGAUGGACCAAGCCGGCUCUGGUGCAAUGGCUAGUAUGACGACACCGCAACCUUUGCCCCAAGACACUUCACCUCGAACGUCGUUGCAAGCACCUAGCAGAAGGGAUAGCCUAACUUCUCAUUUGUCCAGUUUGAGUGUUUCGUCGAUGAAACACAGACCAAGCAUCGAUCACCAUACCCACCUUCAUUCAACGAGUUCCACGGUGACAAGCGCAGCCUCUGGACCACGUCGACAGUCUGUAUCUCAGUCAUCGGGAUCUUCGUCGCCUCAGAAACCCAUGUCCUCGCAACACAUGCCUCCUUUCAAUCCUUUCAUCUACGGCAACGACGUAGACUCGGUCGACGUUGCCACCAGGGUGGCUAUGGUGCGUUUCUUCAACUCCCAGAACUUGCUUGCUAACUUCACCGAGCACACAAGGACUCUGAGGCUGUACCCAAGGCCGGUGGUGGCCUUUCAGAUCAAUUCUUUCCUUCGGUCGAGGCCGCGCACCAGUCAUUUCUUGAAUAAAUUCGCUAGAACACAGGCGGUGGAAUUUCUGGCCGAGUGGUCCUUAACUCCAAACAACGUGGCAUUCCUCAGGGUACAGACCGGUGUGUUCGACCCAACGCAAAUCGGUGAUAAGCCAAAGUGGUACGCUUCGAGCCUCGAACCCAUUUAUUUUCCUGUAUGGGACACUGGUAGCUCGUUGGCGAACGCUCUAAAGGCAAUGAAGGAACAUGAAAAUCAACCUACCGAUGAAAGUGGAUCAGACUCCGAGGGUGCUGAGAGUACCAGCUCCUCUUAUUCUUCCUUGAGCGAUUUUGUCUCUGAGAUGGUGUCGUCUGAUCUGUCGCCCAGUUACAAUUGUACCGCACUAGUGGCACAGCCACAAAUGGCUCUGUCGGUAGAUCCAAAGAAUGUCUACAAUCCACCAAGUUCUUUGCAAUAUCCUGGAAUGGAGGAGGAGUCAACAACCAGACCGGAAAGUCCACCGAGCACUUCCUCCAGUCAUAGCGAUCUGAGCAGUCCUAGCAUGAACAGAGAUUCAGAAUUUGAAUUAAAUCCUCAGGCUCAAGAAGGUUCGCAGUCGACUAAUGAUAAAGAGGAAGGUGGUAGCUUUGAGUCAGACUCUGCAUCAACAAUAACACCACGCACAAUCCUGAGCGCACAAAGUUCUAUAGGACAAUUUGGAGUUGGCACGGGAUUAUUAGCCACUCCAGCAACGAUCAGCGACACUGAACGUCCUACCACUUCCCACAGGACCUCACGUGUCAGUAGAUAUGUCGUUCCUAUCCAACCAAGCGGAGCAGUUCUUCAGCGUCAUCCAAGUGUUGGAAACGUUCUGGCAAGAGCAUCAAGCUUUAAUACGGGCACAGGACCACUUUUGCCACGUCAAAUGAAUAGUAACAAUGAAAAUGGUUCACCUACUGUUCCUCGACAACUUUCAUUGAGCGCUGGUACUCAGAAACAGGUUGCAGAAGGUGUUCCGAAACAAGGCACAUCCAACGUUACUGGCAAUGGCGUUCUACGACAAGGAUCGCAAGGAUCUUUGUUCGAACAAAUUGCAACGCAGGCUAAGGAUCUUGUACGGGAAACAACCAGACAGAGCAGUCAGGAUGGUCUUCUUGCCCAAAUGGAUAAGCUGAAACAUCAGGCAAAGGAAAAGAUUACAGAAGCUGGGGAGGAUAGUCUGUUCGCUCCGCUGGAACAGUUUACGCAACAGACAAAGAAGGCUGUAGGAGAGGCGACAAAAUCUGUACAGGAAGCAUCAAAGACUGCUUUGGAGGCAAGUAAAACUGCGGCUGGAGUUAGUAAAAAUACUUUUGACGAUUUGACGUACGUUGGUAAGAGCACUUUUGGAGAUUUUACGAAAAGUGCUAAAGAAGUUGCUACGAAGAAGGGUUUACUCAAGGGUCUCGGUGAUACGCAACAAUCACCUCCACCAUCUCCUGGACUGGUACAAAGAAGAGAUUCGAUUAGCACCCAAUUGGUCGCCUCGGAUAAUCGCGGUGGGCGUAGAGAAAUCGGACGUGAUUUUUUCAGCAAUAUUAGUAGUGAUUUAAAUGGCAUCGCUGCGCAAACUAGCAGCAUGUUUAGUGAUCUAUUUGGAAGUAAAAAUAAUUCUAAUAGAAAUGCCGGUCUCCACUCUCAGUCGCAGAAAUCAGACAAGAAAACACCGAUGCUUGGACCAUUCCCUAAAAGUAAAACAGGAUUAGUGGAACGUUCAUCGUUGAUUAAACAUUCGACGAAUAAAAACACUCAGGAAGAGCUUCAGAGGAUGCAGAAUGCUGAAAGAUCCAAUGUAAAUAGUGACAAUCAAGCAUUCUUGACCGAUGUAGUGAAUCAAAUUUUGACAGGCGAAGGUGUCGGUUGGUUGAAGUUGAAUAGGUUGAAGAAACUUAUGGAAGAUGAAAGCUACAGAGAUUUUGUUGUCACGAAGCUUAACAAAGGUCUAAACAAGAAAAUCAGCCCUGAUGAUCAUAUCGACGAUGUGUGUGUUUCAAAACCAGUGUACAAAGGAAUGCUAAAGUGCCUUCAAGCAGUGGCUCACGGUCUUGGACACACUUACAAUAACUUUGGACUUGGUGGAAUGGCAUCAGUUUUCCAAUUAAUGGAGAUUGCACACACUCAUUACUGGAGCAAGGAUCUUUCUGAGGGAACUUUUGAUAGUUCUUUAAUGUCUCAAUCAUCUAGUCCAUUUGGCAGUAGAGAAAAUUUAAAGUCACCGCAAUCACCAUCUCAACCUGAACUCGCUGAAGCAUCUCAAAAAUCAGACCCGCCACAAGUUCAUUUGGAAAUGCCACACGGUCACACAUCACCAGCGAACGAGGGGAAUCAAUCGACAACAGACAUGUUCCUUGAUAUGUUCACUAAAAAAGGAAAGUUCCUCAGCAGGCUAACGUCGUUUGAUUCUGAGAGUGGGCGGGGAGGUGGAACAGGAAGCAGCGAAGCUUUAUCCACAGACGGAGGUAGCAUUAUCACUAAUCCUGCUUUUCGGCAAGCCCACCAAGCUUCUUUCCGAAGCACUGUCUCUGAUAGCGAGGUCGAACAAGGAAAUUUUCCACGUCAACCAAAGCAACGUACGGGAAGCGUAUGGUCAAGCAAAUCUUCUUUGAGUACUGGUUUCCGGUAUCACGGGGGAAGUUUGGUACCCACCACCACUGCACCCAGUCCAGAAGCAGCAAGAACCUAUUUAUUCGAGGGUUUGUUAGGGAAAGAACGAUCUUCGCUUUGGGACCAGAUGCAAUUUUGGGAAGAUGCAUUUUUGGAUGCAGUUUCUCAAGAAAGAGAUAUGAUUGGCAUGGAUCAAGGUCCUGGAGAGAUGAUGGAAAGGUAUAAGAGUUUGAGCGAAAGUGAAAAGAAACGUUUGGAACAUGACGAAGAUAGAUUACUGUGCACUUUGUUGCACAAUUUAACGGCAAUCUUGGUGAUGUUGAACGUUGAAAAGAACGAGCUGAAGCGUAAAGUGAGAAGGCUACUUGGGAAAAGCCAUAUUGGUUUGAUCUAUAGUCAAGAGCUCAAUCAACUUCUUGACCAAAUACAUAAUCUUUACGGGAAUGAUAUAGAUUUGAAGCCUCUUACGUCUCGACAAAUGCAUCGGCAGUCGUUCACGGUGCACGCUGGUGUUGAUGCUGAAGGUGAUCUACGUUUUCUCGAGGUUCGCCACGACGGACUCGUGUUGAGAUCCGUGAACGGCGUAAUCGUUGAACGAUGGUGGUACGAACGUUUGGUGAACAUGACUUACAGUCCAAAGAACAAAGUUUUGUGCCUUUGGCGACGGAACGGCGGGCAAACGCAGCUGCAUAAGUAUUACACUAAAAAGUGCAAGGACCUAUAUUACUGUAUAAAAGAUGCAAUGGAGAAGGCUGCUGCCCGUGGUCGUGGUGCAAACGUAGGAAUUGAACUUGGCGGUGAAUUUCCGGUUCAAGAUAUGCGCACCGGUGAGGGUGGACUUCUGCAGGUUUGCAUGGAGGGCGUGGGUCUCCUCUUCGCGAAUAGCAAGGAUUUCGAGUUUUUUGUAAGACUCGAUCAUAUCCGCAAGUGCUUUACUCAGAAGGAUGGGAUCUUUGUAUUGGAAGAAUUCAAUCCUAAAACUAGACAAGUAAUUCAACGUAAAUAUAAGUCUCAAAUGGCAGAUCAAAUCUGCUAUUCCGUACUCUGUGUGUUCUCUUACUUGGCCGCUGGUUUGGAGCAACGAAAGCAACAACAAAUCCAGCAACCACAGCAGCAGCAACAUCAACAGCAACAAUCUCAAUCGCAUCAUCAUCAGUUUCAACAACAACAACAACAACAACAACAGCAACAACAACAACAACAACAACAGCUACAACGUCAACAGGCACAACAGAAACAUCACCAGCAACAACGUGCACAAUUACUGCAGCAACCGCAGCAGCAGCAGCAGCAGCAGCAGCAGCAACAACAGCAACAGCAACAGCUGCAUCAACGUCAACAACAUCAAUCUCAAGCUCAACAACAUUCAGGUAGCAAUAUGACCCAAAGUGCGCAGGGUCAUAAAAGCACUCAUUUCGACUCCUUUCCUAAACAUCACUGACACAGAGGUAGACACUCGCUCCCAUUUGUGCAUAAUUACAAUAAAUGUGCCCCCUAUGCUUGCCUACCCUGGGUGUAAAAGCAUUCCUAAACUCUCUGUCGUCGUAUAACAAGUUGGCAAAACAAGUCUGGUUUCAUUCAAUUUUUAUGUUUCUUUUCAAAGAGAGCAAUUGUAUACGCCAACUUAAUACGAAUCUCAUUAUCCCAUAUCAUUCUCAGAAAAUCAGCUUUCGCUAUAUUCACUGGCGUAACUAGGAUCAUUCUUUUAUCUUUGGGACUGGCCAGGUCCCCGAACUUAACUAAGAGAUUAGAAGUUUUGAAGCUUUAACGCUUGAAAGGUUUACUAAAAAUAUCAAUAAUUAAAUAUUACUUAAUUCUAACUUAAUUCUAAUAUUGAUUAGUUAAACCUGGCUGCUAGGUACUUAGUUACGCCAAUGAUUCUAUUCUUAAUGUGAAAACCUCUUCGUUAGUCUAUUCGAGAAUGAAAUGAACAGACAAAGGGUUGAAAUUGACGCGUUGAAUCGAAUAAAAAUUAAUUUCAAAAAACAAGUAAUAAAAAUUGAUGGUAAAUUAAAAUUUGAAUCGAAAACGACACAAUCGUGGUAAUUAUUUGCAAAACGGGAGUCGUCACGUGUACAAAAUAAAGAAAGAGAGAAAGGGAAUCGGAUUUCAAGCAUGCAAAGAUAUGUCGUACGAUGCGACGAUGAUGACAAUGGCAAUGUAAUAAUGUAAUUCGUUAGAAAUGAUUAUUGUACAUUUAGAAUUCGAAUAAUGGUCCGAAUAAAAGCGUAUUAGACGUGUUUUAAAAAGAAUCUUCUAUCUGAAUCGUCGCGUAAGUUUCUCUAGAAGUUUCAUUCUUUGAUAUGUCCGUUGUGUACACGUGUAGAGACAUGAAGUAAUAACUCAAAUAAAUGAAUUCAUGGUAAUUAUAGAAAAUAUAGUCCACCGUGAUUAUUUCAAUUACCUUGAUAUGUUGUAAAGAACAAUAUCCUAGGUAAUUCCAGAGAGGGAUGAUCGUUCUCCGAGUAAAUUCAUUUCUAUUUACCAAUUCGGUAAAAUGGUGCUUUAAAACAGCCUCAGGAAAUCACCUACAAAAUUAAAUAUGAACAUCUUUAAUAUUUUCGUAAUAAAUAUCACGUAUGUAUCGAGAUAUCAACGAGAUAUGGAUCUUAUUUUAUAUAAUUACCAUAAGUUUUGAAUUAUUCGUGAGAAUUUUACCGUCGUGCUAGCCCGUUGCUUUCUUCGAUGGUCUCUCGAGUGAUAUAUUUAUUCGAAUGGAGUUGGUAAUCGAAUUAGAAGUGCUGCUAUUGAUAAAUAUCGAUGAUAACUUAUUGAUAAUGGACAGCAACACCUCUAAAUCGUAUAGAUCUGACAAUGAGUCUAUUUCGUGUAAAGGUGUUUUCUAUGAAAUAGCACGUAAAGCAAUUCUGAGAUACAAUAAAGAAACUAAAAUGUAACUAAUCAUAAUCGGAGGAACAAUUUUGUAUAAAUACAUCGAAACAGACUAACUGUGAUCAUCUAAUUUGAUGGAGAAUAGAAAGCUAUUUAAUUUCUCAUGGUCGUACAUAUACGUGGGUGGGUGUAAGAAGUAUUUGUACACCCUUUAAAUUCUUUUCAGAAGCUAGAACGAUUCAUUCAUACCUUUAAUUUAUAUUCAAAUUCAGUUUCUGUUGACGAUUACAAAGCUUCAAUGAAAUUAUAACGUAGCUUAAUCCUUGUAGACAUCGCGUGUUGCUAUUCGAAUUGAUCAGGCCAAAAUUCGACGUGUUCCCCUGGAAAUAAAAUAAUUGAAUUAAAACAAAAUUUCACAUAUCUCAUACUUGAGAGAAAAUUUCUUUUUCUUCGCGUUUAAAUAAAAGCAUAUUAUAUUAUUUACCUAAACAUCCACAGUUUACUAGUAACAAUUUCAACGAUGAAAGAUGAAUCUUAUCGUUUGUACAUGUUACGAUUUAAAGAAAGAGAAAAAAGAAAUAAUAUAUUUUCUUCGCGACAUAUAAUGAUUUUUUAAAAGUAGCAAUUGUAAAUAAUCGUCGAUUAAAUUGUAAAAGAAACAAAAACAUCGACCACAAUCUCGUUUUAUUUGUAAUAAAAUCAAUACGUUGGUAAAUUUCGCUUGAAACGGUCGAAAAGAGUACGAAUGACUUCCGGUACUAUUUCUUAAUCUCCGCCUAGAGCCCACUGUUAGCAGUUCCUGUUUAGUGCCAUGCUUGGACAAUGUUUAGCGAAAUCAUUGUCAUUCCAUCAAAAUACACGACGAAUUUAAAAGAUAAGCAAAACUGUUUAGAGUUCCAAAAUGGAGCUGAUUCGAUACGAGUUUCAAAGUGUAUAGUACUCAGCAAUGUAGGCGCCUUAUAUCCAAUAAAUACUUGUAGAUUUGA